GUAAGGACCCACUUGUACACCCAAACCGUGGUGAUAUGUCUUGUCGUUAUCGUUAUCAUUAUCGUUAUCUUUAUGGUCAAGGUCGUCAUUAUCGUUAUCGUUUAUUUCCUCGCCGACGAGUCGCUCAGAGUAACAACCCUUGGCGAAGGCCUUAACGUGCUUCAUUUGGCUAAGCUGUUCGCGCAAGCUAUGCUUCAGAUGAUUGCAGAACUCAUCUGAAGUUGGUUUUAGAGUGUUUAGUUGCACUACAAGUUUAAGUCCAUGCCAGAGUAUGAGCGAUAAUGCGAGUGUCCCCGGUUGGUUGAUAGUUGAAAGUCUCUCAACUCUCCUAAUAGAAUACAAAGGUAUAUUUGUAACGCAGCUUCUCUUAUCGUAAGACUGAAAGCAUAGAAAGCUCUUAAAAAGAUAGAGAUUCCCGCUGAAUACCUGGCCCGUACCGUGAACGCCGAACGUCGCAGCGAGUUCUGAUAACGGUUCAGAAGAUAUAGGAAGCCUAAAAUAAUCAGCUAAUAAGUCGUUCUUUGUAGGAUCUCUAUAUCCCCGUAGUAUCGUGAGUUGUGACAUGAACGUUUAAACGAGAGAUAUCUCUUGAACAGAGACGACGAGGACUAUACAUCAAAAAUGUCAGAAGAUGAACAACAGCAGUAUAACAAAAUUGAGGACGACAAGCAGACGAGAAAGAGAGAUAGAGAGACAUCAGUAGAACCAAAGGCUGAUAUCAAAUCUCAAGAUUCAGCCACUAAACGUGGUAGAACUGCAAAUGAUGAGAAAGUAAAUCAAAUUAGGGAUAAAGUAGAGGAUAUAAGCUGGCACAAUAAAGAAACUGAUAAGAAAUCAGACAAUGAGGAACCUCCUAAAGUUGUCGAAACUACGGCACCAAAGAAGCAAUCAUCUUUUGCCGCUUUCGCUAGCACCGCUUCGCCAUUCGCGAGCGCGCCGUCAAAUGCAUCAAACUCUCUAAGCAACAAACCAACAGUCAGUUCGUCGAAUGCUUUCUCAGCAUUUGCUGGCUCGACACCAAAACCACAAGUUGAGUCAUCAGAUAUAUCCUCAUUCAAUGAUAAAUUGGCAUCCACACAAGGCGAGAGCAUCAACUCAGAUAACAAGUUGGACCUUAAGCCAGCUCAGAUAACAACUGGUGAGGAGAAUGAAGAGAAUUUACUUCAAAUUAGAUCGAAAUUGUAUCUACUACAGGAUGAACCAGGUACGAGCAACGGUAACUGGAAGGAAAGGGGUGUUGGACUUUUCAAAUUGAACAAAGAUAAAAGUGGUAGAUCUAGACUCGUUAUGAGAGCUGAUGGUGUCCUUCGAGUAAUCUUGAAUGCUGCACUUUUUGCGAAAAUGCCGGUCGAGCAUCCACAAGAGAAGUUCGUUAGAUUUAGCGCACACAAUGAGUCAAACAAGCUUGAGCAUUAUACUGUUAAGUUAGUAAUGGAAAGCUCGCAAAGGAGGCUUAUGAGACUAUUUUGGCGAACCUGCCUGCUUCCAAAGAGGAAACCAGUAAGGAGAGUGAAAAGAGCGAUGAGAAGGAAGACAGUGAUGAGAAGGAUAAAGAAGAUACUAAGGACACCAAGGAAGAAAGUAAAGAUAACACUGAAGAAGAUGCAGGUUCUCAAGAUAAAGAGGACAAUGAUAAUAACAAAAAUCACGAAAAUGCCGAUGAGAAGGUCUAAUAUCAAUAUAAUCAACUAAUUCCC